AUGACUGAAACGGGAGAUGCUAAGCCAUCAGGAGUGCCGAUAGCAGAGCUAGACAUCGAACAGAUUAGUGCUUUGCAAAGACAAGUGGAGCAAGAGUUGAGCUUCUUCCAAGAAUCGGCUAACCAACUAAAGGCUCUAAUUCGGAAAAAUGAGCAGAGCAUAGGAUCGAUGGAGGUGUUGAAAACAGCCACACCUGGUCACACUGCCCUAAUCCCCCUUUCUGAGUCGAUGUAUAUCCGAGCGGAAUUAAAUGAUCCUAGUAGGAUGUUAGUGGAGAUGGGUACUGGAUAUUUUGCCGAAAUUAGUCGGGAAAAGGCCGGCGAAUUCUUUGAACGGAAGAGAAAAUACAUAACACAGCAGGUGGAAACCAUAGAGAAGAUUAUUGUCGAUAAGAAACGUACUCGAAACAUCAUAUCAGACACACUGCAGUCGAAAAUCCAAGCGCAACUUGCUCAGAUGCCGUUGCCUAAGUGA